AUGGCAUUCAAGGACCUGUCCAGUCAGACAGAUCACAAGACAGUCAAACCACGAUUGCAGAGAAAGGAAAAAUUACUCUUCCAACAUCAACCCCAACUGAUGCCUAAUAAGCAAAAUUCAAACUGGCCAGAACAUGGAACAGUCAUGACAAGACACACACAUGUGGCAAAAUUUCCGUACCUUAUUAACCAGGGAAAGAUCAGAAUCUUGUUAAGACACGCUAAGGGCAGUGGAGGACGUAUCAAGGAUUUCGCCGGGGGAACGCAAACCCUGACGAAGCUUCCCCGGGACGACAUGGAGCUUAAACUUUCAGAUGACUGCAAAGCCACGUUUCCAUUCCUGAAGGAACAAUUGAUGAGUCAUUCUAUAAUUCGUGGUCCUGACUGGAAUUACUCCCUUGAGGUGAUGUGUGAGGCUAGUAACUAUGUUGUAGGAGCAACACUAAGUCGGAAAAUACAAGGGAAAAGUUAUGUUUUCCUCUACACAUCAGAAGCAUUGGGUCAGCCGCAAAGGAAUGAUGAUGUAACAGAAAAAGAAAUGAUAGUCUUUGCAUUUGUGGCGUUCAGGCAGCACCUACUCGGUUCCAAGGUGACGGUGUGUACAAACCAGGCGGCCAUCAAAAACCUAUCGUCGAAGAAGGGAUCAAACCCGCAUUUGAUCAGAUGGUUAUUCCUUCUACGGGAGUUUGAGUGA